AUGCCGCAUGAGCUGAUUUUGGGCAUCUCUUUGUUCGCUGGUUUCAUCUCUUGUUGUGGUACAAGGAUGAUCCAAAAAAUCACAGCAGAAGUUCAUGCAAGUUUAAUGGAGAAUUCACCUGUAAUUAGGGCCAAGGCUUUACGAGCGGUCAGUAUAAUUGUAGAAGCUGAUCUGCAGGUGCUAGGAGACAAACGCGUUCAAUCGGCUGUUGAAGGAAGGUUUUGUGAUUCCGCAAUUUCUGUCAGAGAAGCAGCACUGGAACUUGUAGGGAGGCAUAUUGCUUCUCAUCCUGAUGUUGCUGAGAGAGUCAAAGAUACUGGAGUAAGUGUUCGAAAACGAUCUAUCAAAAUCAUACGAGAUGUGUGCGUUUCAAAUGCAAACUUCUCCGAAUUUACAAAAGCUUGCAUUGCUAUCAUCUCCCGUACUAGCGACGAUGAAUCAAGUAUAAAGGAUAUUGUUUGCAAGACAUUUUAUGAAUUCUGGUUUGAGGAACCUACUGGUUCACAAACUCAGUUCUUUGGAGAUGGUAGCUCUGUUCCAUUGGAGGUGGCUAAAAAAACUGAACAGAUUGUUGAGAUGUUGAGGAGGAUGCCAAGUCAUCAACUUCUUGUGACUGUCAUUAAAAGCAACUUAGCCCUUGAUUUUUUUCCCCAAUCAGUUAAAGCUACCCUGUCUCACUUGCAUCUGUACGCAAGCGCUGUAGAGGAAAUGAAGAAGGAGAGAGGCGGACGUUUCCAUAUAUGCUAG